AUGGAUUCUACUGAAACUAAGAAAGUUCAUAUAUCUGAAGUAAGUGAAGAAGGGAUAGUUAAUAAAUUAAAAAUAAAUAGGUGGGUUGGUUUGGUCUUAUAUUCUGUUGUUGCUUCAAUUGCUACAUUUGUUCAUGGUGGGUUUAGUGGUUGGCAACCUAUAAUUUAUAAAACGGGAGCAUUUAGCGAGUUGUGCACUCCAGAAGAUGAUGUUCAAAUAUUUCGUGUUGAUGCCGGCAUUACUUAUAAUUCAUGUGGGAAUAGAGAUGCAGCUAUAAAUAAUUUAUUUACCUUAUCUUUUUUUGUUCAUUUCUUUUUAUCUUCAUUAAGUGGGUACAUUUUAGACACAUUUGGAGAAAAGGCAUGUUUUUUGCUUGGUCAAGCAAUUUUAACAACUGCUUUUAUGUCAUUAAUUAUUUUUAAAAUAUCAUAUAUAUGGUAUGUGUUUUUUUUUUUACUUGGUGUAUCAGCAGAUUUAUCUUUUAUCCCACUUUUAAAAAUAUCCAAGUUUUUUCCUAGUAAGGAAUCUCUUAUAUUUGGUAUAUUGGGAUCAGCAAGAUCAACCGGUUUUGCUAUUGGUUUAGUUUUAAAAUAUACAUUUUUCUAUACUUUUAAUUUUAAGGAUGAUGAAUUUUAUGUUUUAUGCAUUUUUUAUAUUAGCACAUGCAUACUGUUUUCUUUGAUGGUUGGAAUUUUGAUUAUGCCUGGGAAACAAAAAGAUAAACAACUAAAUAACGAAGGAGCAACAGGAUCUUCUAUUACUGACAAUAAAAAUCAUGUAGGUGUAUUAAACAAAAUGGAAAGUUUAGAAAGUGUAGAAAAAAAAAAUAAAAAAGAAGAAAAUGAAACAUUUGGAGAAAAGUUAAGAAAAUUAUGGAAUCAUCCACAAAAAUGGGAAUAUUUAUUAGUUGUAUUUAUAUGUAGUUCUAAUAUGAUAAGAUUUGAUUAUUUUAUUAAAACAAAUAGAUCUUUUUUUAUUUGGGGAAAUCAUGAUCUUACAACUAUAUUUUCUUUAUUGACUGUUUUAUCUUUUCUUCCUUCUCCAUUUUUUGGUUUUAUAUCAGGAAAAUUUGGUUCAGUUUAUGGAAUACUAAUAAAUAAUUUGUUCAUAUUAUUAACAUAUGUUUUUGUAUUAUUUAGUAGUGUAUAUCUUAGGAUUUUAUCAAUUUUUUUGUUUUUCCUUUUUAUAUCUUUUGCUUUUUCAUGUUUUUACUGUUAUGUGAACGAAAAAUACCCAAAGGAGCAUUUUGGAAAGUUAUGUGGAUUAAUGUUUGCUAUUAGUGCAUUGUGUUUAGUUGUUAAUUUUUAUUUAACUUAUUUAACUAAUGUAGUAUAUGUUUAUUUAGGGGAAAGAAAACAAGUUCCUGUAACUAUCGGAUUGAUAAUUUUUGGGCUUGUUGCUUUAAUGUGUUGCAUAUAUUUAAAAAUAUCAGAAAGAAUAAAGGAAAAUGAACUUAAUAAUGGAAAAAAAGAAAUAAGUCAACAAAAUUAA